AUGGCGGCGCUGGCAUCUCUCGGCGCUCUGGCGCUACUGCUGCUGUCCGGCCUCUCCUGCUGCUCAGCAGAGGCCUGUGUGGAGCCCCAGAUCACCCCUUCCUACUAUACCACCUCGGAUGCUGUCAUUUCUACUGAGACUGUCUUCAUCGUGGAGAUCUCCUUGACUUGCAAGAACAGGGUCCAGAACAUGGCUCUCUAUGCUGACGUCAGUGGAAAACAAUUUCCUGUCACCCGGGGCCAGGACGUGGGACGUUACCAGGUUUCCUGGAGCCUAGAUCACAAGAGUGCCCAUGCGGGCACCUAUGAGGUCCGGUUCUUUGAUGAGGAGUCCUACAGCCUCCUGAGGAAGGCUCAGAGAAACAAUGAGGACGUUUCCGUCAUCCCACCUCUAUUCACGGUCAGCGUUGACCAUCGGGGUACCUGGAAUGGGCCCUGGGUCUCCACCGAAGUCCUGGCCGCAGCCAUCGGCUUAGUGAUCUACUACCUGGCCUUUAGCGCCAAGAGCCACAUCCAGGCCUGA